AAAUAAUCUGAAAUUAAUUUCAGGAGAAAGAGACCACCACUGGAGGUGCUGUUAUAAAGGUAUAAACGCUUACUUUACAUUCCGAAGGAGGGACGUGCGCAUUCCGUGCUUCGGUUGUCUUCUCUUCCCAUCCACCACAACCGUAACAAUGGCUCGUGGUCCUAAAAAGCAUCUGAAGAGGCUUACAGCCCCCAAAUCAUGGAUGUUGGACAAGCUAGGUGGUGUGUUUGCACCAAGACCAUCCACUGGUCCUCACAGGUUGCGCGAGUGCCUGCCCAUGGUGCUUCUCCUUAGGAAUCGUCUCAAGUAUGCUGUGACAAACACUGAGGUCACCAAGAUUACAAUGCAGAGACUUAUCCGCGUUGACGGAAAGAUUCGCACUGAUAGGAACUACCCAACAGGCUUCAUGGAUGUUGUAACCAUCAAGAAGACUGGGGAACACUUCCGUAUUCUCUAUGAUGUAAAAGGCAGAUUCAUCCCUCACCGCAUCACUGAUGAAGAAGCAAAGUACAAGCUCUGCAAGGUGAAGAAGGUAGCUGUUGGACCAAAGGGUGUACCCUUCAUUGUAACAUCUGAUGGGCGUACUUUACGUUACCCUGACCCCCUUGUCAAGGUAAAUGACUCCAUCUUGUUUGAUUUGGAGACCAAGAAGAUGAAGGAUUUCAUCAAAUUUGAAUCUGGUAACUUAUGCAUGAUCACUGGAGGCCGUAACUUGGGUCGUGUAGGAACAAUUGUAUCCCGUGAACGACAUGCUGGUAGCUUUGAUGUUGUCCAUGUUAAAGACUCUGUUGGCCACACUUUUGCUACUAGGUUGAACAAUGUGUUUGUUAUUGGUAAGGGUACCAAGGCUUACAUUUCCCUGCCACGUGGUAAAGGCAUCAAGUUGACCAUUGCCGAGGAACGUGAUCGUAGGUUGGCUAGGAAAACCAACUAAAAUAAAUAUGUGAAGUGAAA